AUGUCGAAGGUUGAUCCCACUACUCGGUCAAAGUGGGAGGAGCAACUUGACUAUGAUAAGCUGCCGCUUUGGGCUGAGUGUGAAGCUAUGCUAAACAAGAGAUACCAGCAUUUAUCAGCUGAAGAAGCUUCCUCAUCCCAACAAAGGCCAAAUAAUGAAGAUACGCGGCAGAAAACAAAAAAUCAACAACUGCGACACUCAAAGACAACAUUUAUCGCGACAAAUUUCAAACUGCCGACUUGCCUUCACUGUGGUUCCAAGGACCAUUAUUUGACAACUUGUCCAAAAUUCCAAGCGCUUACUGCACUUAAAAGAUUUGAAUUAGCAAAAUCGAUUUCCCUGUGCAUAAAUUGCUUGCGCAAGGGACAUACGGUCUCAAAGUGCAAAGCAAAUCGCUGUGGUGUAUGCAACCGUUCGCAUCACACUAUGGUGCAUCAAUAUCCGAUCUCCUUUGAGACUGAGCCGCAACCUUCGACGUCACAGGCCAUGCAUAUUAGCAGCCUGCCUGACCGAGUCAUGUUAGCUACAGCCGUAGUUAAUGUAAAAGUCAGCUCCAGUGUUUACGUGCAAGCGCGAGCUCUACUUGACUCCGGUUCUCAAGACCAAGGCAAGCUUAAAACUUAUAUAAAAUCGAGGAUCAACAAUUUUGAGUUUUCGGCGGACUUUUGGGUAAUGCGUUCGAUAUCAGUCAAUCAUCCUGAUCGGACUGUAAACACAAAUGGCUGGAAAAUCCCACAAAAUAUUGAGCUAGCUGACCCAAGUUUCUACAAAUGUCAGAAAAUUGACAUACUUUUAGGAGCUGAAAUAUUCUUUGAUCUGUUAUCGGUGGGUCAGAUCAGAACCAGCCCAAGGCAGCCAACGCUGCAAAAAACUGUGUUAGGCUGGAUAAUUUCAGGCAAGUAUGCCACAAAUAAUAGCUCCAGUGCCCAAGUAAGUAGCACAUUAUGUCAAUUUGAAGAAAGCGUUGCUAGCAUUGAUACUACAAUCCGAAAAUUCUGGGAAUUGGAAGAAAUACCUGCACAAAUAAAUUCCACACGACUGACUCCAGAGCAGGCAAAAUGUGAGGAAUUUUUUUCGAAAACCACACAGGUUUUACCAUGUGGAAGGCUUCAAGUCAGACUGCCUUUCAAACCCGACCGUAAAUUACUCGGUCAUUCGUAUGAAACCGCAGCUCGGCGGUUUCAGGCGCUGGAGAGAAGGACGCUGAAAGAUCCAGUACUUCGUAAAAUGUACCUGGACUUCAUGCAAGAGUAUCUCGAUUUGGGGCAUAUGAGUCCAACAAAUAAUCGACUCCCGAGUGAGCCGCACUAUUUCAUUCCGCACCAGUGUGUGUUAAGGCCGCAGAGCACAACUACCAAGUUGCGCGUAGUUUUUGAUGCUUCGAGUCGCACAUCAACACAAGUUGCGUUGAAUGAAACCUUGAUGGUCGGGCCGAUCGUUCAAGAGGAGCUUUUUUCGACCCUCCUUCGCUUCCGAUUGCACAAAUAUGCCAUGACUGCCGACAUCACGAAGAUGUAUCGUCAAAUAUUGGUGCACGAAGACGACAGGAACUUCCAGCUCAUAGUGUGGAGACAGGAUCCAUCGGAGCAUUUGCAAAUUUUUCGAUUAAACACCGUAACAUACGGCACAGCGCCUGUACCAUUUCUCGCCACACGGUGUCUGCAAAUGCUAAGCGACAAAAAUAAAGCCAAAUAUCCACUCGGUUCCAAAGUCAUUCGGAAUGACUUUUACGUCGACGACCUAUUAACAGGAUCCGACAGUAUAGAAAGCCUCACCCAGAUACAACAGGAAGUAAAUAUAAUUUUAGAAUCGGCAGGCCUGAAAUUAGCAAAGUGGUUUUCCAAUCAUACAAGCUUAUCGGGUAGUGAGAGUCUCCAAAAAUUAUUGCAGCUCAGCGAUACCGACUCCACCAAAACGCUGGGAAUCCACUGGCAGCCGAAAGAUGACAUUUUUGGCUUCAUUCUGGAAGAUAAUUUUAGCGAGCUGCGAGCAACUAAACGUAAUAUUUUAUCAGUUUCCGCUCGCCUCUUUGACCCUCUUGGUUUAUUAGCCCCGCUAGUUACCAAAGCUAAAAUCUUAUUACAAGAGCUUUGGAUUCGAAAGCUAGACUGGGAUGAGUCGAUUCCAUUGCGGCUUGACACUAGCUGGCAAAACUUUAAAGCCAAUUUGUUGCAGCUUUCAUCAAUUAGCAUUCCUCGGUUCAUUGGGCGCCGAGGGAUGCCAGCCAAAAUAUACUGCGACAACGCGACGAACUUCGUGGGAGCAGAGAGGAAGCUGAGGAAGCUCCGGGAAGCCUUUCUGGCACAGAAAGAGGAGAUUCUCCAAUACGCCGCCGACGAAGGAUUCAUCUUCGCCUUCAUACCUCCGAGGGCACCCCACUUCGGCGGCCUGUGGGAAGCAGCAGUGAAGUCGGCCAAACAUCUGCUGGUGCGCGCCGUAGGCAACGCGCUGUUAACCGUCGAAGAAAGCGCAACGCUUCUCGUCGAAGUAGAAGCGGUACUGAAUUCCCGACCGCUCGCACUACUCAGCAACGACCCCAACGACGGCGAGGCGCUAACGCCGGCGCAUCUACUAAUCGGUUGCCCCUUGCGAGCUUUGCCACCGGAGAAGGUACCCGUCAACCUCAGCCGCUGCUUAGAGAGAUGGCAGCUUGUUUGCUCUCUCAAGCAACAAUUUUGGCGCGCGUGGUCGAAGAGCUACCUUCUGGAGCUUCAGCAGCGCAACAAAUGGGUGCACCCGCAGCCCAACGUCCAACCAGGCCAACUCGUCGUCGUCCACGAAGACAACGUACCCCCGCAGCAUUGGGUGCUCGGUCGAGUAACCGCAACCAUUCCCGGAGCGGACGGCAAAAUUCGAGUCGCAGACAUCACCACUAGGUCGGGUGAAGUACGACGCCCUAUUCACAAACUCGCCGUGCUGCCGGUGGAAAACAAGAAUUGA